AUGAAAGAAACAAUCGCUUUGAAAUCCGGCAGCUUGACUUUUACGGCGCUUUCGAACCGUCCCCAGAACGAAGCCGGCGUGAAGAAAUUCAGCCAUCUCUUGCUGCUCCUACAUGGCUUCCCGGACACCAACGCUACCUGGACCGAGUCCUGGGAAGGGUGGAACGCAGCAUUUCCCCAGGCACUGAUUGUUGCGCCGGUGAUGCCGGGGUAUGAGCGGAGCACUUGCUCCAAAAUGGAUUCUGACUUUUCGCAAACAAAAAUUGCUGGUCACGUUAGCCAAUUCAUCAACCAGCUUAGCAAAGGCGCAGAUGUGUACCUCAUUGGACACGACUGGGGUGCGAUUGCGGCCUUCAAGACGGCGCAAUUGUAUCCGGACCUCGUAACCAAGGUCGUGGCGCUGGCCAUUCCCUACCUUGCCAACAUCCCGCUGUGGAAACUUGCAGUCAAGUUCCCGGAACAAGCCUACAUGUCGAGCUACAUGCUCACCAUGCAAGUGCCUCGCCUUUAUCGCCCAAAGUUCGAACAGAAGAACGACAAGGGCCAGUCCCAGUACCUGCGACUUUUGUGGGAGUUCUGGUCGCCCAAUUGGCAGUUCUCGGACGACCAGAUCCAGCAUGUCUCAGACACCCUUAGCCAGCCCGACGUCCUCGACUCCACGACCGCUUACUACCGCCAAAUGUUCCGCGAUGUACUCAGGCACCCCCUCAGCUACAAGUGGACGGUUGACCAGGACAAGACCCCCAUGCUACUCAUUGGUGGUUCAACAGACGGCUGCAUGACCGUCAAUCUGUUUGAGGAACAGGCGAGCUUGCUGGGCAAAGAUCGCGUCGUUAUCAUCAAUGGUGCCGGUCACUUUAUGCAGCGUGAGAACCCCGACGAGGUCGUCAAGAACGCCGUUGCUUUCCUCAAUGCAACCCCGUAA